CGUUUUAGCGGGAAUUUAUUAGUUUUCGUCUCGCCUCGUCUCGACUUCUCGUCUCGCAGUUCUCAAUUGUUUUAAUAUUGGAAAUACAUUGAUUAACAAAGGGAACAGCUUGUCAGUAUUUGAGGCGUUCUGUUAGUGAUAAUUGUUGUCAGUAAUGUCUGAGAAACGAUCCAAUUUACCUUGGGUGGAGAAGUACCGGCCUGCUACUCUCAAUGAUUUAAUAUCACACGAGGACAUCAUAAAGACGAUUAAUAAAUUCAUCGAUGAGGAUCAACUGCCACAUUUGCUGCUCUAUGGACCCCCAGGUACAGGGAAAACCAGUACGAUUCUUGCUUGUGCCAGGAAACUCUACACUCCAGCUCAGUUUCAGUCAAUGGUGCUGGAAUUGAAUGCUUCAGACGACAGAGGGAUUGGGAUUGUCAGGGGUCAGAUCCUGAGUUUUGCAAGCACUGGAACAAUGUACAGAUCAGGGUUCAAGCUGAUUAUUCUGGAUGAAGCUGACGCUAUGACGAAUGAUGCUCAAAAUGCUCUCAGGAGAAUCAUGGAAAAAUACACAGAUAACGUGAGAUUCUGUAUAAUCUGUAAUUACCUCAGUAAAAUCAUUCCUGCACUCCAGUCGAGGUGCACAAAGUUCAGAUUCGGUCCAUUGUCGUCUGAUCAGAUAAUGCCGAGGCUCGAACACGUCAUCGAAAAAGAAAAUUUAAAAGUAACUGAGGAUGGAAAACAAGCUUUGAUGACCCUCAGUGGUGGUGACAUGCGAAAAGUCCUGAACGUUCUUCAAAGUACCUGGCUAGCGUACGGUUCAGUGACCGAGGAAAAUGUCUAUAAUUGCGUGGGCCACCCUCUCCCCAUCGACAUAAAAAACAUAAUGAACUGGCUGCUUAACGAGUCUUACACGUCAGCAUAUAAUAAAAUUCAAGAUCUCAAGAUAAGGAAGGGUCUGGCCCUCCAGGACAUCCUGACAGAGCUCCACCUAUUCCUCAAUCAAAUUGAAUUCCCUGAUGACAUCAUGAUCGACCUGGUGAUCAAGGUGGGCGCUAUCGAGAAACACACUGUAGCUGGCACCAGUGAAUCAGUCCAACUGAACUCCCUCGUAGCUGCCUUUCAAUCGGCCCGAGAGAUCGAAGUGAACUGAUUAAUUAAUGAACAACAACGAAUCAAUAUCUCCUGCAUCAAUCACAAAAACACACUUCUCCCUGAAAAAUAAAACUUGGAAAAAAAAAUAUAAUGAAAUUUCUCCCCGCUCUUUUUAACCAUUCGUGAGAAAUAAGUACAAGGCAAACAAUGGGGGGAUAAGCUGAUAGUAUCUCGGCGCCUGGCUGUUUAGGAGCCGUUCGGGCCUCAAGUGGAACACCCCGAUAAUAGUCAGACGGCUCUAGUCUCCAUCAGAUACACUUAAUAACCGCGGAAAAUAAGAAAGGUCAUCAAAAAAAUCCAUAAUCCAGUAUUAUUUCUUGAAAAGCUCAUUACAAAACUAGGAAUAAGAUAAUCGCUCGA